UCCUCCUAUCGAGGUCCAGCAGCAGCAGCCUCUGCUUCCGCCGCCUCAAAAAUUCGAAAAAUUCGGAGAGCAUGCGGAUCGCCGACGUCCUCAGCGCUCGCACCGACGACGACGACGAAGACCACGGCGAGGAAGUAACCGAUGAUAGCAAGAGGAAAAGGGGAGGUUUUGACUCGUCGUCUUUGUCUUCCUCUGCUCGAUCCCUCGUACCUCGAUGGUUUUCGAAGAGCUACUCGUUUAAGAUUAUGAGGAGGAAUAAGAAAGCGGGUCCGGAUUCGGGUACGGGUUCACGUCGAUUGGAUCCUCCGGCGAGCUCCGGUGAAGCCGCGGUUGAUCCGCCUCCGGGUCUUAUGAGCUCAGAGGUCUCAGUUGAUCCCGGAAGGAAGCACGAGGAUCUCUCUCUUACCGUUGGAAUGGGACUAGGUAUGGCUUUCCUCUUAGCCAAGAGCGCAGCUGAGUUCAAUAAAAUGAGAGAGCUGCGAGCAGAGAUGGAAAUGUUGCUUAAAGAAAUAAAAAGCGAAGUUCAAAGUAAAGAUGCCACUGCUAGCGCUUCAGAGUCGAACAAUAACAUUUUAUUUUCACCCCCUCAUCGUCGCGAGGACAUAAGUACAAGCAAGAGCAUUUCCGUGCUUAGUAGCAGCAGUGAGUACUUUGCUCUGCAAGGGGUUAAAUGUGAUGUUGAUUCUGAUACAGACUCAAAGCAUUCGAUAGAUUUUGCAAAUACGGGAAGCCUGAGGAUCGAUGAAAUGGAAGCAGAACUAGAGGUUGAAUUAGAACGCUUGCAAACCAACUUGGAAGGAGAAUGCUCAUCAGGAAUUCAACAUAGGAUGGAGGUUGAUCGUGAGGACAAUGACCCUUCAUACGAAAGCUUCAGCGUCGGUUGCGAGGAAGAAGAGAACGAACCCAGAGACGACGAUAUCUACGAAUACAAUGGGGUUUCUCCACGUGAACUGGAGAGGAAAUUGCACGAGCUUUUGGAAACAAGGCAGCAAGAAAGGAUAGAAGAGCUGGAGUCUGCGUUAGAAAAUGCUGAACAAAAGUUAAGGGAGAAAGAAAUGGAGCUGGAAUGGUGGAAGGAGACUCAGUGGCUUGCUUCACUAAACAAGGAGAGAACAUUCAUUUAGUGGGAAUCAAGACUCGAAGAAAUCAUCACAGGUGAAGCAUGCAAGGGUCCAAACAAGUCGUAUUUAUUGUAGAGUUAUAGUUGAGUGUUUUGGCACCAAAAUGAUCUUCUGAAACAUUGGGUUUUUUUUUUUACCCCGACUCAAUUGACUAGGGGAGAAAUUUUUGUAUAUAGAGAAACAUGAUUAUUGAAUAAUUAUAUAGUCCUUUUUCCAUAUAAGUGAUCGCCUUUAAAAUA